AUGGGCCUUGUCCUGUCAAGUCGAGGAGUGGGUGUGGCCGCUGGCAAAGUGAAGGCAGUAGUCGAAGCAAGAGAACCAGAAUCGGUUUCAGAAGUCAAGUCAUUCUUAAGUCUAGUAAAUUACAGUGGAAGGUUUAUUCCAAAUCUUGCGACACUGUCAAGGCCACUGCGAAGACUGACAAAGAAGGAUGUUGUGUUCCAAUGGGGAUCAGAGCAAGCAGCAGCAUUUCAGAAGCUGAAAAAUGAACUGGCUCGAGCAGAGGUUCUUGGAUAUUACGACAAAGAUGCUGAGACUCGUGUAAUCACUGAUGCAAGUCCUGUGGGUUUGGGCGCCGUUCUUGCUCAGAAGCAGCAAGGAGUGUUCAGGGUCAUUAUGUAUGCUAGUCGAAGUCUAACGGAUGCAGAACGAAGAUACAGCCAGACAGAACGCGAGGCGCUGGCGAUUGUAUGGGCUUGUGAACGGUUCCACACUUACCUAUAUGGGAUCAAGUUUCACCUUGUAACUGAUCACAAGCCUUUGGAAUGUUUGUACUCAAAGAAACAACAAGUACUAGCUAUUGCAAACGAAGGACAUGUUGGAAUUGUUGCUACGAAACUGAGACUGAGGACUAAAGUGUGGUGGCCCGGUAUCGACGAAGACGCUGAACAAUAUGUAAGGUCGUGUCAUGGAUGUCAGUUAGUUGGACAAGCAACUCCACAGGAGCCUUUGAUGCCUACUGAGCUGCCGCUUGGCAAAUGGCAAGACUUAUCCUUGGAUCUCCUGGGACCGAUGCCAACAGGAGAGUACCUGCUUGUUGUCAUUGACUAUUAUUCUAGGUACUAUGAAGUGGAGAUCUUGAUGUCAGUUACUGCAUCCCAGAUUAUCUCACGCCUCGAGACGAUAUUCGCUGUUCAUGGCCUGCCAGCAAUCAUAACGAGCGACAACGGACCACAAUUCCGGUCAGAAGAGUUUGAGCAUUUUCUUGUUGAUAAUGGUAUCUUACACCGCAAGGUUACGCCACAAUGGGCACAGGCAAAUGACGAAGAAGAGCGUCAAAACCGAAGCCUACUCAAGAGCAUGAGAAUUGCACAAGCAGAAGGAAAAAAUAGGAGGAAAGAGCUCGUUCAUUACCUCGCUACAUACAGAACAACGCCGCACACCGUCACAGGAGUUUCCCCUGCCGAGUUAUUAUUUGGUCGAAAGAUCCGCGCAAAGAUGCCUGAGUUGCGCGAAACUACCGUAAAUGAUGAUGAGCUACAAGAUCGCGACUGGGAAAAGAAAAUAAAAGCGAAGAUAUAUGCAGAUGAACGAAGGGGUGCUCAACUCAAUGACCUUCAGACUGGUAACCAAGUGCUUCUAAAGAAGAAAAAGUCAAACAAGUUGUCAACCAAAUUUGAAAGUGAGCCUUAUGAAAUCAUUGAAAAGAAGGGCAAUAGUGUUGUGGUACAGUCACCUGAGAAAGUUCAAUACCAGAGGAACGUCACAGAAGUAAAGAAGUUUACCCCCAGAGAUGAACAAUGCGUUGACAGUGAUCAUCAGUUUGAGUUACAAGAGGACAAUGAAUUAGAGCAGAGGCCGCAACGGGAUAGGCAUCCCCCAGAUCACUAUGUUAUCUUAUAUGUGAUUAAACGGAGACGUGGUUACCGACAGAAUACAACAGCGGCCUGGUUCAUUGAUUACACACUGAGUGGGGCUGCAGGUUCUGAUUAUAAUCUGUACGCAUUGAUGCUACAUGAGGAAGAACUAUCUGUUGAUGUGAAAGCCAAAAGAGAAGGAAAAGGUGUUGAUCUAAAGAUCAGCAAAGCACAGAUAAGACGUGUGGUGAAAGAAGGAGGCUCACUUUUCAGUAGUCUGAUUGUUCUUGCGCCUAAAGUUCUUCCAAUGGCAACUAAACUUGCAACCAAGAUGCUACCUGGUCUUGCCACAGGUGCAUUGACAAAUCUUGGAAACUUUGGAAUGGACAAGAUACUUGGGCAGGGCAGACAGGAGGCUUUUUAA